ACCAUAAAGUUACCAAACGUCGUCAUGGACAUACAACCCCAAGCUGCAGUUGAAUAAUUUUACGGGGUAUCCGUCUAUCGACUUUUUCUGUCACAUUCGGUUUGUUUACGUUCGCUUGGACGCCGCUGAAAAUGGGCAAGAGUGAGAAAAAAUCUAAGAAAAGACACAAGGAAAAACGUAAGGAGUUUAAAGCGAAGCACAAAUCCUCCAAGUCCAAAUCAAAGAAGCACAGCCGACGGAAGCAGGAAUCUCCGCCUCCUGCUGCUCCUCCUCCGGCACCAGAACAGGCGGAGAGUAGCAGCGAGCAUGAUGACUUUGCCAUACCAAUAGCACUGAUGAACAGCAAAUCACACGCACCCGAAACGCCGGAGGAGUACCAGCGACGGCAGAGCCAAAUCCGUCGCGAGGUGGACCCCGUCACCGGGCGCACGCGCCUCAUCAAGGGCGACAGCGAGGUGCUGGAGGAAAUUGUGACCAAGGAGCGCCACGCGGAUAUUAACAAGAAGGCCACUCGUGGUGAUGGCGAAUAUUACGAGGCCCGAUCUCUGGAUGCCGCCAGGCGACGCAAGUGAAGACCAAGCAAUAACCAA